AUGAGAGAUAUAUUAGACCUUUUUAUUAUUAAAAAUCGUGAUCUUUCUAAUUUUUAUUUGCAAGAUGAUGAUUGGCUAGUAGUUAAUAGUUUAAUUCAAUUACUUGAACCAUUUUUUAUAGUGACUGAAAUAUUAUCAACUUCAACGUAUCCUACUAUAAGUGAUCAAAAUUCAAUUAAUUUUAAACUUCAAGAAUAUUGGGAGUAUGUCAACGAACCAACAACAAUUGGUACAUUGUUAGAUCCGCGAUCUAAGACUAAGACUUUUAAAGAUAUUAAUAAGCGUGAUAGAGCUAUAGCACUUUUGCAUAACAAAAUGAAAUUAUAUAAAAAUGUAAUUGUUGAAAAUGAAAUUACUCGAUAUUUUGCAAUUCCAGUUGAUCCGAACACAAAUCUAUUAGAUUGGUGGCACUAUUUUGCAGCAAAUACUAUAACUAAAAUUCGUUGUAACUUAAAACCAGAUACUGCACAUGCAGUCAUAUGUCUUAAAAACUGGAUUCAGCAA